AUGGCGUUCGUGGACGCAGGGGCAGGGGCCUACUUGGCAGCCUGCAGGGACACAGGCGCCUUCCUGGUGGGGCUGGCGGCUGGUGGCUGGGGCCGGGUGGCCCAGUUCCGGCUGGGGUUUGACGGCCAGGAGAGCAGCUGCCAGUGGCGGGCGCUCCUACCUGACUUCCGCGUGGGGUUCGCCCCUCCCUCCUCCUCCUCCGGCGUCCCGCAGCCUCUGCGCCUGGGUGUAGUCGGGGAGGAGCUGGCGUCCGGGCCAAGAGAGUCCCCCAGCCCCUGGGGCCUGCGACACCUUCCUGGAGCCCAGAUGGCAGUUUUGGAUUUCAGGCGAGCCCACACCUUAACCGUGCUCUUCAUCCUCACCUGUACGCUUGGCUAUGUGACGCUGCUGGAGGAAACACCUCAGGACACAGCCUACAACACCAAGAGAGGUAUUGUGGCCAGUAUUUUGGUUUUCUUAUGUUUUGGAGUCACACAAGCUAAAGACGGGCCAUUUUCCAGACCUCAUCCAGCUUACUGGAGGUUUUGGCUCUGCGUGAGUGUGGUCUACGAGCUGUUUCUCAUCUUUAUUCUCUUCCAGACUGUCCAGGACGGCCGGCAGUUUCUGAAGUAUGUUGACCCCAAGCUGGGAGUCCCACUGCCAGAGAGACACUAUGGGGGAAACUGCCUCAUCUAUGACCCAGACAACGAGACUGACCCCUUCCACAACGUCUGGGACAAGCUGGAUGGCUUCGUUCCCGCGCACUUCCUUGGCUGGUACCUGAAGACCCUGAUGAUCCGAGACUGGUGGAUGUGCAUGAUCAUCAGCGUGAUGUUCGAGUUCCUGGAGUACAGCCUGGAGCACCAGCUGCCCAACUUCAGCGAGUGCUGGUGGGACCACUGGAUCAUGGAUGUGCUUGUCUGCAACGGGCUGGGCAUCUACUGCGGCAUGAAGACCCUCGAGUGGCUGUCCCUGAAGACGUACAAGUGGCAGGGCCUCUGGAACAUUCCGACCUACAAGGGCAAGAUGAAGAGGAUCGCCUUCCAGUUCACGCCCUACAGCUGGGUUCGCUUCGAGUGGAAGCCGGCCUCCAGCCUGCGUCGCUGGCUGGCCGUGUGCGGCAUCAUCCUGGUGUUCCUGUUGGCAGAACUGAACACGUUCUACCUGAAGUUUGUGCUGUGGAUGCCCCCGGAGCACUACCUGGUCCUCCUGCGGCUCGUCUUCUUUGUGAACGUGGGUGGCGUGGCCAUGCGCGAGAUCUACGACUUCAUGGAUGACCCGAAGCCCCACAAGAAGCUGGGCCCGCAGGCGUGGCUGGUGGCGGCCAUCACGGCCACGGAGCUGCUCAUCGUGGUGAAGUACGACCCCCACACACUCACCCUGUCCCUGCCCUUCUACAUCUCCCAGUGCUGGACCCUCGGCUCCGUCCUGGUGCUCACCUGGACCGUCUGGCGCUUCUUCCUGCGGGACAUCACUUUGAGGUACAAGGAGACCCGACGGCAGAAGCAGCAGAGCAAGGAUGACCAGGGCAGUGCCGUCGGCAACGGGGACCAGCACCCGCUGGGGCUGGACGAAGACCUGCUGGAGCCUGGGGUGGCCGAGGGCGAGGGGCCACCAACUCCAAACUGACCUGGGCCGUGGCUGCCUCGUGAGCCUCCCAGAGCCCAGGCCUCCGUGGCCUCCUCCUGUGUGAGUCCCACCAGGAGCCACGUGCCCAGCCUUGCCCUCAAGGUUUUCUUUUCCUUUUCUCCCGUGCAUCUGGCGAGGCUGAAGGCAAGGGGUGGAGGAGGCCCCAGCACAGCCUCAUCUCCGUGUGUACACGUGUAU